CCUGCCCUGCCCUGCCCUGCCCUCGGCCGGUGCCGCAGCCCCGGUGGGCGGCGAGCCGCGCCCCCGCACGUCGCUUCAGCCGCGGGCCGGGGCCGUGGGGCGCCCCCCCGCCCCCGAGGGCUGACGGCGGCGCGCCCCUUCUCUCGCAGGCCGCCGGCAGCCAUGAACCAGUUCAGCUUCGGGUCGGGCGCGGCGGGAGGCGGCUUCACCUUCGGCGUGCCGAAGACGGCCGCCGCCACCACGGCCGCGACGGGCUUCUCCUUCUCCACCUCCGCCGCCUCGGGAGGCUUCAGCUUCGGCACGGCGGCGCAGACGCCCGCCAGCAGCCAGCCGGCCGGGCUCUUCUCCCUCAGCACGCCGGCCAGCACCGCGCAGCCCGCCGGCUUCAGCUUCGGCACGCAGCCCGCCGCCACGGCGGCGCCGGCCGGGGCCGUGUUCUCGCUGGGGGGAAAGGCACCCAAAUUACACUUGGGAGGCAGUAGCACAACUCAAGCUGCAGGUAUCACAGGAGGCUUUGGGUUCGGCGGCUCUGUACCGGCUAGUGCGCCCUCAAGGCAAGCAGCAGCCCCCUCUGGCUUUGUUUUUGGCUCUGCUGGUACCACCGCCACUACCACUCGGUCUGGGACAACUGGAGGGUUUACUUUUUCCAGUGGUAGUGCAACCCAGGCAGCAACACCCAGCUUCAGUAUCAGCACCGUAAGCAGUGCGGCCCCGCAAGCAGCGCCCGCGGGGCUGACCUUUGGAGCAGCGCCUGCUGCCGCUGCCACCGCUGCUGCCACCCUAGGAGCAACAAACAACACAGCCAGCAACUGCCUUCAGCCUUGGGGGACAGUGCUCAGGUGAGUGCCUGGGCUGGGAAUGUGGGCUGUAAUUGGGAAGCCUGCCGACAUGGAGGGCACCUGGGGGUGGUGUGUGAAGUUCUGAAGCCUCCUUCAGCUUUUGCUGGUGUGAAGUGAAACUCGUGGUCGUAAUACAUGCUUUCUUUUUUUCCCUAUUUAUCCAGGGUCUCUAGUUACAGACGCAAAAGUGCACCCAUUAGGGCCCAAGCGGAUAUGCAUGUAUCCGUUUGUUUCUUAACAUUACAGCAAUUGGCAGAACUUGUAUGUGUGUCUGAAUUAGUGAGUUUGCCACCUGGCUAGGUCAGUCUGAAGCAAAGCAUCUGUUUAUGUGGGGAAGUUUCUCAGAACAGCAUCUCUUGGCUUAGCUGUUUCUUGUGAUAUUUGAGCUUAAUGCUGAGAUGAAGUAGCCUGUAGUCUUGCCUCCUUACAUUCUGAAUGGCCAGUCUUUAUUUUGUGACUGUGUAUGUGUGAAUUUGAAACCGGAGGUGAUAAAGGAAGACAAGUACAGUGUAAAAUGGCCCAGAAGGCAAGUGACUGCCGAGAUAACAGUGGGAUGCUCUCGUGUUUGAAUGUGCCUUGCAGGAUUUUGAAUGGCUUUGCUGUCAGUACUUUUUGGGCUGGUGGGGGUGGGGGUCUUCAUCAUUAGGGAUGGGGAUUCCUAAGCUGAGUGGUGUUUGAGAAGUAUUACUGAAGGGGUUUGGAGGCUGAGGCUGAAAUAAUUCUGCCACUGAAGAGAAGUGUCAGAGUUGCAUUUGAAGUGCUUGGAGAGUGUCUUUGGUGGAUUUGGGGUGGGGGUAUAGAGGCAGGGAUGGGAGUGGUGAGGAAGGGGAGUGCCCUGCCCAGGAUGCUGAACUGUUGCUGAACCCAGGCAACAAACCUGUUUCACUUUAACAGUGAAACUUGCGGGCCUGUUUGAGACAAGGACUAUAUUCCGUAAGCAGGGUGUAGCCUACUCACUGUUUUAUCCAAGGUGGUUUUGUUGACUGUGACGCGCCAAUAGAGGGGCGUCGGAGAUUCUUUCAGAUUCGGGUUAGUUGCACUGAACUCAAGAGAUCAUCAUUUGUCAAGUGUAAGAAUUUACUAGAGCUAAGCAGUUACACACAUACGACGGACACUGGACAACACUGAACAACUUACACCAGACCAUCUACAAGUCUAACAAAGCUAAAAAGUAAAGAACUGAAAACAGAAUGCACAUAUCAGAGCUCUGUGGUUAAGCCACAGAUGCACGGUACAGUGACCGUUCUCAGCCUUUCCUUGUCCUUAUGGACCACCUCUCCAGUACGGUUUUCCCCAGAUUGUUCUCAGCGUGCUCAAGCUAUGCUGGGAUGAUUCAGGUUCUCCCUGGCAGUUGCCAUCGGGGUGUCCCUGCUGAUGGGUGGGUUGCUGGGUGUGCAGGCCAAGUGAGGGUGAGACUGAGUCCACACAGAGGUAUGUGGCUUUCUUCUGUCCUUCAGAGGCUUAGGGUUUUUCAUCCAAUCAAACAGUGCCAGACCACGGUUACACAACAGAACCGAUGGCCUCAGCCGGUAACAGGAUGGAUACCAACAGGGUGGUCAACAGACAACCCAGUUCCACGCUACCCAGAGGCUUACAGGGCGAGUCUGCAGUGUCACUUCUCCUUUGCUGACUAGGUUUGCUCAGCACUCAGGGGUCACUGGAGGUCCUCCCCAACGAUAUGCAAAACUUUAGUGCGGUUGGCUAUCUGAUAUACAUCAGUAGUAAUCUGAUGGAAAUGGUUAACAUAAAAACAGCAACUGUCAUUAGUUAAGGCACACACUGCUCCUUGAGAGGCUAGCAAACAGUCAAGUGUGAAAUGAUUCUGUACAGUAGUUUGGCCAAUAUUGUGUAUGUCUUCAUUUAAAAGCGUUAAGGCAUCGAUGGGUGUGUUUUCUAUCACUUCUGUGGUUACAGAUUCACUAUUGUUUUUUCCAGGUCAACUGCCCUCGCUGGGUAACUGCUUCCAUGGCUUGUAUAUCAGCAUUAUGGGGCCACAGCCCACACGCUAUUUCCAACUGGAGUGCAAGGAUUAUACUAAGGUAGCAAUACCAGGGAGCACGGCACCCCGAAAAUGAAUUUUGGAAUGUGGCUUUUGCUGCCUUGCCGGGGCAGUGUGUCAGCCCGAGAGCAAGGGGCGGGGGGGGGUCACAGCCGCCUUCCUUUCUUCGGGGAAAGGAAAGCCCCUGCCUGUCGUGGGGUCUAAAGCAGACGUACCCAUUUAAACACUCCCUUAACGUGCCUAGUGUUUUCCUGUGGCUACUGUUUUACUGUGGGGAAAUGCACGGAGCCAGACAGUCUCCCAGCCUGCUCCUGCGCAUCCUCCCUAGCUUUCGUCAGGCCCUGCAGAGGCUCGUCUGCACAGCCUGCCCGGCUCCGUGAAAGACCGCCUCCCCGCCAAACGGCGCUCAGGAGAAGCACGGCCUACAACAAACAGCCGGUGGCACUGAGGUCACGCCUGUGCAGGGUGACUGGGAAGGAGCUGGCAGGCCGCGCGCACGCUCAGCGGCCCAUUGUGAGGAGCUCCUGACACCUUCACAAGGUCUGCACGCCCGCCGGCGAUGUCACAGCACCGCCAGGGCAACCCAGGGCCCCGUUGCCGGGCAGGCCUCAUUUGCGCACACAGCUUUGGGAGUACCAGCAGACAUGGCUGGCUGCUCUGCCUUGGUGUGCCUUCUCCUGUGUACUCUCCUUGUACACGGGGUCCCCAUACCUGGGGAAAGAGAGGCUUCGGUGCUGUCUGAAGUACUCUCCCCCAAGGGUUCUGCAGAGGCUGACCCCAGCCCUCCAAAACGCAGAACUGUUGUCGUCAUCGUCGCCAACACUUUGACGCUCGUCAUCUUGACGUUGUUCUUUGCGUUCUGCGUUUGGCUCUACUACCGACUCAAGACCAGGAAAGAAAGGUCUCCAGAGGACGAUGCCGAGGCAUCCGCUUGCCACUACCGCUGCCACUGCGGAGAGCUUCACAGCAGCCUGCAGUGUACCUGCUCCAGGUGUGCUUCUCCGAGUGCAGCAAGCCUAGAGCUCUGCAACAUCUGGGGCAAUGAAGACGACAAUCCGUAUGGCGGCCUUCUCCCAUCCCUGCCUCCUACACCGGGCAUGGGAGAGUUCAGCAGAAGCUCUUCCAGUGACAGUGCCACCACGCAGGAGGAGAACACCGCAGAUGCAGGCGUGCCUGGCACAGGCAGGCUCGAAGCACCAGCCGGCGACAAGGCCUGAACGGGUGGCAUCUCGGGCUGGGCACCGACACCAGGCCACGGCACCGUCCCUCCGCCCAGCCUGCCCGCACCGUGCUCCUCCGUCUCGGGCCGGUGCCAUCAUCGCGCCCGGCCACCUGCACGAGGAGGCCCCUGGGCAAUAAAGACGGAGAGGAGGCAGA